UUCACGGAUAUACAACCUUCCUGGUAUAUUGUGAAUACUUUAUAGUAUAAGUUCAAAGAUUAUUAUAUAAUCAUUGCCCAAUGACUAGCUAAUGCCACUGAAACUUACCCACGAUAAACAAUAAAUCCCUACACCAUGGCUUCAUCAUUUGCAUCGAAAUUGAAAGAUCCGUCUCUUUUUAUUGAAAACUCCUAUAUAAACGGCCUAUGGGUAUCAUCAAAGUCGAACAAGUCAUUCCAAAUCACCGAUCCAGCAUCCGAGACAUAUCUCGGUUCAUGCCCUGAAUCAACCACCGAAGACCUCAACGAUGCCAUCCAAGCCGCAUCCAAAGCAUUCCCUGCAUGGAGGGCUCUCUCAGGCCGCCAGCGCGGACGAAUUCUACGAAACAUCUUCAACCUCCUGGUCGAGAACAAAGUCGAUAUAGCCCGAAUCAUCACAUCCGAGAACGGCAAGGCCAAGGCAGACGCGGAGGGCGAAGUCCUCUUUGCAGCGAGCUUCUUCGAAUGGUUCGCUGAAGAGGCGCCUCGUAUCUGCGGCGAUGUCAUACCGCAUAGCAACCCGAGCAGUCGCACACAUGUCCUCAAGGAACCGGUUGGUGUGUGUGGCCUCAUCACGCCGUGGAACUUUCCAAUCGCCAUGGGCGCGCGCAAAAUAGCUGCAGCUCUGGCGGCGGGAUGUACGGUUGUUUUGAAAUCAGAUGGACUGACGCCUUUCUCGUCGAAUGCCAUGGCUGUUCUGGCGGAGCGUGCUGGAGUGCCCAAGGGUGUGUUCAAUGUCGUGACUGCAUUGGAGAAUACACCUCAACUGGGACUUGCGUUGUGUGAAUCGGAUAUUGUCAAGAAGAUAUCAUUUACCGGAUCAACGCGGGUCGGCAAGCUGCUUAUGCAGCAGUCUAGCAGUACGUUGAAAAAGGUCAGUCUCGAGCUGGGGGGUAAUGCUCCGUUUAUUGUCUUCGAUGACGCAGAUAUCGAGGUGGCAGUGUCCAGUGCCAUUGCCAGCAAGUUCAAGGUAACUGGACAGACGUGCGUGUGUGCAAACCGGAUCUAUGUCCAGGAUGGCAUCUACGACCGAUUCAGCCAGCGCCUCGUCGAGGAAGUCAGCAAGUUCUGCGUAGGCAGUGGCCACGAUGAGUCUGUCACGCAUGGGCCCAUGACCAACGGAGUGACCAAGAUCGAAGAGCAUGUCAAUGACGCUGUCAGCAAGAAUGCCAGGGUUCUUCUCGGCGGGAACAAACUUCCUCUUUUGGGAAAGAAUUUCUACGAGCCGACGAUUCUUGGCGAUGUCGAUGAUACAAUGCGCGUGUUUGCAGAAGAGACGUUUGGGCCUCUCGCUGCCUUGUUCAAGUUUUCGACUGAGGAAGAAGUGAUCAAGAGAGCCAACAGUUGCGAUGUUGGGUUGGCGUCAUAUGUGAUGACCAGUGAUUUAGCCAGGUCGCAUCGGGUGUCGGAGAGAUUGGAGUUUGGUAUGGUGGCACUUAACACUGGUGUCAUUUCUGACGCCGCAGCACCGUUUGGAGGUGUUAAGCAUUCGGGCAUGGGUCGUGAAGGCAGUAAGUAUGGUGUGGAGGAUUACAUGACUAUCAAAAUGAUUGUCACUGGAGGAAUCAACACAUCGUAUACUUAGAUAUGGAGAGUAGUCUUUCGCACUUAUUCAACUUGUUGACGAUUACUAUACUCUUAUACGAGACAAACCGUAUUCACGACGUUAGAUAGAAUGACUGGAG